AUGAAAGCCGAAGAGCCUCAACGUCGCGUGUACGAAGGCAAUGUGUACCACUCAGCACCAGCAUAUCCCAAUUUUUCUAUCAGUAUCAACCAUGUAAGUGUGGUAAAUUUGGUUUGUAUUGAUUACGCAAGGAUUUUUUUUUCUUAAAGCCGGAAUUUAAGGAAUUUUUGGAACUAAAAUUAAGUGGAUGAAACGUCAAAUGUUUUAUAAUUAAUAUGCUUAUAUUAUUUUAUCCUUAAAAUGCCAGGUAUUUUUGUUAUGUUAUUUUAUACUUCUUACAAUAAAUUGUAUGUUUUUUCACAAAUAAUGCUGACAGAAGUAUAAAAAUGUAAAACUCAAAAUAAUUUAAAUCUUUUGUAUAGAUAUCUUGCCCUUUUAGCAUGCCUCUCCAGCAACUACUUCAUCACCUAGUGCUUCACCCUACCAAGUGAGCUCCGUACGAGCAUCCCCGCCUUCUUCAGCACCACCCCCUCCUCCAGUACCUCCAGCUCCCCGUAACACUCUACCCAACAACCCCACUUAUCAGUCGAUACCUAAUCGGAACUCGAACUACUCAUAUCCUCAUGAAUCCAUCUGGUUCGACAAGUUCGUACGGCGAGAGAAUCGAGGAAUGUUGAGGUUGUGUCUGAUAGAACUGUUUUUGGCUACUGUAGUACUGGCAGGGGGAGUAUGGUGCGCCAGGGAUACUCCAGAGUACUGUCCUUACUACAGUGCCAUCUGGACCUCUGCCAUCUUCCUAAUCAACGCAGUAGUUGGGAUUGUAGCUGCAAAGACGGGGAUUCACAACACCUACAUCGCGCAUCUGAUUCUGUCGAUAUUAUCCAUCUUCAUGUGUGUGAUUAGCAGUGUAUUGGCGUUCAGGUAUGUUGUAAAUUACAAUUAAAAGGUCAAUUAAUCGACGACUUGACAGUCUUAACGGGUUAUUUGGGUCGAUAAGAAAAUUUUUUAGACAAUUUGCAAUUUACAGUAAUGUAAACUGGGAAUUUACAGUAAUGUAAACUGUUGUAUGAUGAUAUACAUUGUUGUACGAUGACAUGUAUUGUUGUAGGGCCACAUAUAACAAUAUGGCUUUAUAAAUACAUAAUGUGAUAACAGAAAGUAUAAUGAAUUGAAUUUUAAAUUAUGAAUGUAUUAUAUUUGAGCAAGGAGGGAGUAUCUUCUAGAACAUAAAAUGUAUCUAGUACAAUAUAACUCUCUAACGAAUACUAUAUAGCACGAAUAUUACAGAAAUUGGACGUUAAUUGGGACAUAUCAUCAUCCCAAAGUCUCUCGAGACACCGCGUUUUGUUUACUUGGAGAACAUGACACUACCAGAUUAUCGUACAUAUUCACCAAUAUGGACCAGUACGACUUCAAGACUUGUCUCUUCGCCCUCAAGCUGGGAGUGGGAGUCAAUUCAGUCCAGUUCCUUGUAGCCACGCUCCUGGGGCUUCUCAAUGUAUUCUCUGUCAUCUUCUGUUUGAGACGGGUCUGUAGACGAAAGUGA